AUGACUGUCCCCUCAUCCGGUGUUACCAUAGAUAUAAGUCACAAGCCUGAUGGACCAGGACCUGAUACAUAUGGAGGUCCUAACCAAGUUAAGCUGACUAAGGAAGAAAAUCCUCCUAACUCUGGCUUCGUGAAGCUCACACAUGUGGCAUCCUCUGGGGGACUUUUUAAUGUUGAAAAGGUUCAGUAUGGAAAUUAUGGUAGGGACAUUACCGAAAUAAAACCGACAAAUAAUGAACCUAUUAAGAGCUACUCUGUCUGGUAUCAUUCCGGAGACACUGAUCACAAUCAACCUCUUCUCAUAGAGAUUUACAAUAAAGGUGAUACGUAUGAUUAUCGUGAAACUAAGGAUACUGGCUGGACUUCAUUUGGUGGAGACCCUCAAUCUACUCGACGGCUAGAGUAUGAGAAGCUUGAACAGAAACUUGAUGACCUCAAUUGCCAACAUUACAAAUUUGUUACCAUUGAUCUCACAGAGUCUCAUUCUAAGACUCAUGCAUCCAAUGGAGAAGGAUACUGUUGCGGUAAAGAUCAUACUGGUGAUAAAAAGGUAGCUGUUAAGGGAGGGAAGGUUGAUAAAGGUGCUUCUAGUUCAGAAGAUAUUGAAUACUAUAAGCAUGAGGUUACUUAUGGAACGUCAAUUUCUGGUAUCUACUACAAGGAUGAUUCUGGUGAAAGAAAGAGAAUAAAAAUUCCUGGUAUUGACAACUCUGGAAAAGAUUCAUUAAAGCUCUAUACAUUCUACAACGGAGAUAUUCCCAGGCUAAUCUAUGUAGAUUCCACUGGAAAUGAUUUAGUAACCGGAUGGUAUGAGCCAAGUCCUACUGGUGGUGACAAUCAACAAUGGGAAAAACUCCAGAGUAUACCUGAAAUUACGAUGCCAGAUGAUAUCAAAGCUGGUAAGGGCAGCAACUAUAAUCAACACAUAGAGAUACUGAAGUGUAUAAUCUCUGGAACCGGUGGAAAAUGUACUGAUACUCCUCCACCCUCAUCUCAACUAAGUGUCGGUGGUUCUGGUGCUGUUGAUGGUACUUCUGGCUCUAUUGCUGGACCUAUGGGAGCUGCCGGUGAAUUAGGUGCUCAGAAAGAAGCCAAUGAAAAGCAGCAAGAAUCUCUAAAAUCUUCUGAAGAGUCUGAUACUAAUACUGUAUAUACUGUUUCUCCUGGUAAAUCUAGUAAAGGAGCUCCAAAUAAAGACCCAAAAGUUACUAUUGUUGGUCCUACUAAUGCCAUUCCUGUUACUAUCCAUAGCAUACUAUUAAUGGCUGGAAGACCAGUGAGCUAA